CAACAAUCGUUUCUUUACAGUUUGAUAACACACACACAUAUGCUGCUUAUCGCAUAUGUUACAUUCGACUGACCUCCGCAUUCUACCGGCGCAUAAGUCAUUUCUGUCUAGACACAGAAUCAAAGUAUUUAAUAAAUAAUAACCAUGGUUUUAUGGACUCUAGUGUUGGUGACUACAGUGUUUGUGGGGUUAGUGAAGGUGUAUCAGAAACUGACAUGCGGAUUUUGCAAGUCCAGUGCUCAUAUGGUCGGAAAAGUGGUGAUAGUGACUGGCGGGAAUUGUGGUCUGGGCUUGGAAACGGCUAAAGAUUUGGCUAAUCGUGGUGCGCGUGUGAUUCUCGCAUGCAGAAGUGUGGCCAAAGCGAACGCGGCCGUCGAGAAAAUCACCAAAGAAACUGGCAACACCGACGUGCACUUCAGACAGCUGGAUCUAACUUCAUUGCGGUCUGUCAGAGAGUUCUGUGCGAAAAUAGUAAAAACGGAGAAACGCUUGGAUGUUCUAAUUAACAACGCCGGGGCCGGCGGCCUCGGCAAUCACGUGACGAGCGACGGCAUCCAUGUAGGAAUGCAAGUUAAUUAUUUCGCACCGUUUCUAUUAACAUGCUUGCUAGUUCCAUUGAUGAAAUCUUCAGCACCUUGCCGUAUCGUGAACGUGUCCUCGAUGAUCCACAAGUACGGUGAACUCGACUUCGAAAAUUUGAACAUGGAAAAGUAUUGGAGUGACUAUUUGGUGUAUGCGAACAGUAAACUGUUUCUUAAUUUGAUGACUUUAGAAUUGAGUGACAGGCUCAAAGGUACGGGAGUGACAGUUAAUGCGUUGCAUCCCGGCGUAUCUGCUACUAACAUAUUCAGGAAUAUCCCCAGUGACUUUCUACGUAAGAUCAUUGAAAAAGGUAUAUCUUUUAUGUUCAAGAGCCCCUGGGAAGCAUCACAGACGGCCAUAUAUCUAGCUGUCGCGCCGGAGCUGCGGGAAGUUACCGGGAAAUAUUUCGUCGACUGCUGGGAAUCGAAACCUUCAAAACUCUCGUUGGAUAAAGAACAAGCUAAGAGAUUAUGGGACGAAUCGGAAAGAUUAGUGAAAUAUUCUUUUUCAGACAGCUAGCAUACUGGGGUAAUCUCUACCGACCUAUUUUUGGUAGUCUGUUAGAUUUUUAUGUUGGGGUCCU